CAGGAUUUUGGGGCUCGUGAUCCCACAGAAGGCGAAAUUUCCAGCAACUUUGGGGCAAAAGUGCUAGGCAAUGCAGACACCUCCCACAUCAUCAGGGGUCCACCUGGUCUGGAAAACUUGGUUGGCUUAGCCAACAGGAAGUGCAAAGCUUGUGAGGGGGGUGAUGUUCAAGCCAUGGACGAGGCUGCUGUCAACACUCUGAGAAAUCAGGUGCCAGGUUGGCAGUUGAAAAGGGAUGCGAGUGGCGCGCUCUCCCUGCAGCAGGAAUGGAAGGUUCGGAAUUUUCAGGCCGGCCUGGAGCUCUUCAAGAGGAUUGGGGAAGUGGCUGAAGCUGAGGGACACCACCCCGACCUGCAUCUUGAGGGAUACAACCGUGUCACCGCGGACCUGAGCACCCAUUCUGUGGGUGGUCUGACAGAGAACGACUUCAUCAUGGCCGCAAAGAUCAAUAAGCUAUCCUUCUCUGAUCUGACACCCAAGCCAAAGGUCAGGUUCUGGGCGUGA